UCUUUCACUCCUCCGACGGGCCUCGAUUUCCAUCAAGCAGUCACUUAACCACACACAAACUUCAUCUCCUCUUCUUGUAGAACCAACCAACUGUCCAUCUUUUGCUCACACUCUUCCAAUCAUGUCUUAAUCAGUAAGGCUACCGCGCAUAUAUAUAACCACGCGUCCUUGUAGCGGCUACGAGCUAGCUCGCUAAGCUUCGUCGUAACACUACCACGGCGGCGCCGGAUAUAUAUAGCUUGACGCGCUGCUGCCGGUGCAGUGACAGCUGACAAGAUGCUGAUGAGGCUGCUGCUGGUGGUGGCUCUCGCCGUGGCGGCGGCGGCGGCGGAGCAGCGCGCCACGUACAUAGUUCACAUGGCCAAGUCUGCCAUGCCGGCCGAGUACGCCGACCACGGCGAGUGGUACGGCGCCUCCCUCCGCUCGGUGUCCACCGGUCGCGCCGCCGCUGCCAAGAUGCUUUACUCCUACGACACCGUCCUGCACGGCUUCUCAGCGCGGCUCACGGAGCAGGAGGCCAGCGACAUGGCGGGCAUGGACGGCGUCCUGGCCGUGAACCCCGAGACGCGGUACGAGCUGCACACCACGCGGACGCCUGAGUUCUUGGGGCUCGCCGGGAGCGAGGGCCUGUUCCCGCAGUCUGGCACGGGCGGCGACGUCGUCGUCGGGGUGCUCGACACCGGCGUCUGGCCUGAGAGCAAGAGCUACAACGACGCGGGCCUCGGCGAGGUGCCGUCGUCGUGGAAGGGCACGUGCAUGGCCGGCGCGGACUUCAACUCCUCGGCCUGCAACCGGAAGCUCGUCGGGGCGCGGUUCUUCAACCGGGGCUACGAGGCGGCCAUGGGGCCCAUGGACACGAGCAGGGAGUCGCGCUCCCCGCGCGACGACGACGGGCACGGGACGCACACGUCGUCCACCGCUGCCGGCGCAGCUGUCGCCGACGCUGACCUGUUCGGGUUCGCGUCUGGCACGGCGCGCGGCAUGGCGCCCAAGGCGCGCGUGGCCGUGUACAAGGUGUGCUGGCUCGGCGGCUGCUUCAGCUCCGACAUCCUCGCCGGCAUGGACGCCGCCGUCGCCGACGGCUGCGGCGUGCUCUCGCUCUCGCUCGGCGGUGGCUCCGCCGACUACGCGCGCGACAGCGUUGCCAUCGGCGCCUUCGCCGCGAUGGAGCAGAACGUCCUGGUGUCCUGCUCUGCCGGGAACGCCGGGCCCGGGAGCGCCACACUCUCCAACGUGGCGCCCUGGAUCACCACCGUGGGCGCGGGCACCCUCGACCGCGACUUCCCGGCGUACGUUCAACUCGGGAACGGCAAGAACUACACCGGCGUGUCCCUCUACGCUGGGAAGGCCCCGCCGUCCACCCCGACCACCCUCAUCUACGCGGGCAACGCCUCCAACUCCACCAGCGGAAACCUCUGCAUGCCAGGGACCCUCUCGCCGGAGAAGGUGCAAGGGAAGAUCGUGGUCUGCGACCGCGGCAUCAGCGCGCGCGUCCAGAAAGGCUUCGUGGUGCGCGACGCUGGAGGUGCCGGCAUGGUGCUCGCCAACACCGCAGCCAAUGGGCAGGAGCUCGUCGCCGAUGCCCACCUCCUCCCCGCGGCCGGCGUGGGUGAAAAAGAAGGCGCCGCGAUAAAGUCUUACAUAGCAUCCGAGUCCAAGCCGACGGCAACGAUUGUGGUCGCCGGGACACAGGUGGACGUGCGCCCCUCACCGUUGGUGGCUGCGUUCUCGUCGCGCGGGCCAAACAUGAUCACGCCGGAGAUCCUAAAGCCGGACAUCAUCGGGCCGGGGGUCAACAUCCUGGCGGCGUGGACCGGCAAGGCGGGGCCGACGGGUCUCGCCGCCGACACGCGCCGCGUCAACUUCAACAUCAUCUCCGGCACGUCCAUGUCGUGCCCGCACGUGAGCGGCCUCGCGGCGCUGCUCAGGAGCGCGCACCCGGAGUGGAGCCCCGCCGCCAUACGCUCGGCGCUCAUGACGACCGCCUACUCCACGUACACCGGCGGCGCCGGGGCGCCCAUCCUCGACGCGGCGACCGGCGCGGCCGCCACGCCGUUCGACUACGGCGCCGGGCACGUGGACCCGACCCGCGCGGUGGAGCCGGGGCUGGUGUACGACCUCGGCACCAGCGACUACGUGGACUUCCUGUGCGCGCUCAAGUACACGCCCAACAUGAUCGCCGCGCUGGCGCGGAGCAAGACCUACGGGUGCGCCGCGAACAAGACCUACGCCGUCUCCAACCUCAACUACCCGUCCUUCUCCGUGGCCUACUCCACGGCGAACGGCGAGGCCGGGGACUCCAGCGCCACCACGGUGACGCACACGCGCACGCUCACCAACGUGGGCGCGGCGGGCACGUACAAGGUGGACGCCUCGGUGUCCAUGUCCGGCGUGACCGUCGACGUGAAGCCGACGGAGCUGGAGUUCACGGCGGCCGGCGAGAAGAAGAGCUACACGGUGAGCUUCACGGCGGCCAAGUCGCAGCCGUCGGGCACCGCCGGCUUCGGCCGGCUCGUGUGGUCGGACGGUAAGCACAGCGUGGCGAGUCCGAUAGCGAUAACGUGGACAUGAUACGACAGGCGCCCAGAACGGCGCAAGCCGAGCGCCAAGCGCUGACACCGCUGCCGGUGCGGCCAAAGGGUUCAGUGUGUAAAAUUCGGGGGAUUCGAGGGAGGAAAUGGUGAGAUUUGGUGGUAUCUCUCAACUAUCUCAGAUUGUCAAUAAGGCCCAAUCAUAACUUUUAGAUUGUGAUUUGGGGAAGAAACGGUGAUGAUGGAAAGGGAUUUGGGUGAUGGGUAUUGCUUUCUCGGAAUCAAAUUAUCGGUCUUGGCUAGCUUGGGUAGUUGGAUUGGGUCCUGAGUUGGAUCAGAUUGCAGCUUUACAAGGACAGCUCCACUGUAGUAGUAGGGGUUAUCUCAGUCAGCAAUCUCUCCCCUGUAAAAUGUUCCGUCUAAACUAUUCUUUCUUCCAUUAUCAAUGAAUGGAUCAUCUUUUCUUCUGAAGAUAAA